UCAUCAAAAUCCACUUUUACUUUUUCUCUCACACACACUUUUUCUUUUAUAUCAAUAAACAUUCAUAGGUAAUCUAUAUGAAGUUCCUCCGUUCAAUCUCCGCAGCAGCAGCUAACCGGCAGUCACUGGUGAGAGCCUUAGGCGGCGGCGGCGGCCGUCGUAGCUUUACGGCAGUUUCCAGUGAUGAGUACGCCAAGAGAAAUUACGCAAACAAUGUCCCUGAAUACAACACUGUCAUUGGAUCUCUCAUUUCUCAACGAAGGAACUGGUUGUUGAGGGAUGUAUACGAUGAUAUGAUGUUAGACGGAGUGAAACCUGAAACAGAUACUUUUCGUGCUUUGAUUGCUGGUAGUAUGAAAGGCGUUCGUUUGCAGGAUUGUUUCUUCUUCCGCGAUCAAAUGAAAUCCAUGGGUUUGAUUCCUGAUGUUGUUUUGUACAACUUCAUGAUAGCAACAUGUGCAAAGUGUAGCAACUCUGUGGAGGCCACACGGAUUUUUGAAGAAAUGAAGAAGCUUGAAGUCAAGCCUAAUGAACAGACGUUCAUUUGUUUGAUUAAUGCAUGUGCAGCCACUGGCCGUGUAGAUCAAGUAUAUGCAAUUAUUCGUGAUAUGACUGCUUCUGGUCUUGGCCUAAACAAAUUUUGCUAUGCGGGCCUCAUUGCUGCACAUAAGAACAAGACACCAUUAGCAGAAGACACGUCUUCCAAGAUUUUAGAGCUUGUUGAGCAGUCCAAAGGAUGGUCUUCGGUAGAACAGACAAGGGGCAGUGCUGAAAAUUUCAUGAUGGGCAUUUCUGAGGAAGAAUUAUACAACAUGCCUACUGCUAAUUAUAUUCACCGGAGGGGUGGUUUUGUUCAAAAGUUCUUCACAGUAUAUCAUGCUGCCUUCCAUGCUUGUGCCGAUCUCAAGGAUGUCCAGGCAGUGGAUGCUCUUUUGGAGAUGCUUAGGAAGGAUAAUAGAAAUCCCGAUGUCUUCAUAUGGAUGCAAAUUGUGAGGUGUUACUUGAGUGCCGGAGACAUUGAUCGUGGGGUUAAAGCUUUUGAAGACUACAUGAGCGUCGGCCCACCUAUGCAUGAGCUUUUCGCUACUCUUAUAGAGGGAGCCAUGACUGGUUAUACACCCAAGGGUAUGCAAGUGGCUCUGGACAAACUGACGGAGAUGAAUUCAAGGGGCAUGAGUCUAAACGUCACAACGGGUAAUGCUCUCCUUCUUGCAGCAUCUGGUGAAAAGAGUGGAGGAUAUACAAUGGCCAAUAUGGUUUGGGAUCUAAUGCAAGCGCGUAAUAUAACUCCAUCUCUUCCUGCCAUUCAAGCAUAUUACUAUGGUUUAAAGGAUCGAGACAUACCUGAAGAUGACCCAAGGCUGAUGCUGGUGUCUCGUACUUUUGAAAACGUACGUGGAAGAUCUGGAAUGAUCCCUGGACAAUUUGGAGGACAGUUUGGAGACAGGAGAUGAAGUUAUGCUCUCUGAAAGUAUUUCCUUUUCAUUAAUUUGUUGUACUCUAGGCAGAAGUUUAGAUAUUAAUAUUGGCUGAUUAAUUAUUUAUUUUCCUCUUGAAUGGCAUUAUAUUAAUGCGCUGACAUAGUUAUGUUAUUUUUACAAGAACUUUCAGGCUGCAAAUAAAAGGUAAUCCAGACUGCUUUGCACUUUAGGGUUUUUUGAUGUAAA